GAUGUGACCCCUGCUGUGAUGAAUCCUCUCUCGCAGUCACGCUCUGUUCCUUUGGCAGAACGAAUCUGCCGGACCAUAUCAGACAUGAAUGCAGGUCGUGUGAUGGUCACUCAGGAAACUUUAACAGAGCAGCUAGUGAAAAAUUAUCCAGGCAUUGCAGUGCCCUCCCACAAUAUAUUAUAUAAUAUCCUUGGCACUCUAAUUAAGGAAAGAAAAAUCUAUCAUACAGGAGCAGGAUAUUUCAUUGUGACUCCCAACACAUACUUUAUCACAAAUGAUGCCACAGAAGACAACAGAAGGAUCCUGUUGGAGGAAAGUUGUUGCUGUUCAUCACCUUCCAUCACUUACCUGGUAAACAUUAAGCCCUGUGCAGACUUAGUGAAAAAAAACAUUGCUACAGUAUCCUGUUACAGAUCCUGCCAUUGUUUCCCUGACCAAAAUAUGCUCUGUGAACAAAGACAUUGGCAGGUAAUGAGCCAUGAACCUAAUGGAGAGAAAAAGAAAGGCUGCAGUGAAUUGAAGCCUUCAAGUCGAACUCAAGGCAUCUCUGCAUCUGCUGAGAACCAUUCCUGGGACACCACCAAAUCCCUGACAUCUGUGAAAGCAAAACUGAAAAGCAAAAUAUUUGGCCUUGGCCUUUUCUGGAGAAGUGGUUCUAAAAAAGAAAAACACAAGAAGGAGUACUCCACUUUUUCAGCCCAGUUUCCUCCCCAGGAGUGGCCAGUCAGGGAUGAAGAUGACUUAGACAAUAUUCCACGUGAUAUUGAACAUGAAAUCAUCAAGCGUAUUAAUCCUACGCUUACAGUUGAUAAUUUGAUUAAACACACAAUAUUAAUGCAGAAGUUUGAGGAGCAGAAAAAAUGUAAAGAGAAAAAAAUCAUCAGUAAUGGUACCUCGGCUGAAGUGCCAACAGUCAGGCAAAACCAUCUUUCAAAAGAUCGUGUUCAAAAGGCACCAAGCAAAACAGCAAAACACACCAGGAAAACCAAAUCAAAGAAAGAAAAGCAGAUUAGCAGGAGCAGCAGGAAAUCUCACAUACAGAAGAUAAUAUCCCAAAACGUGAAACUGGAAGAGAACUUAUCACUCCCCAUCAAAAACCAAGAGCCACCUGAUGUAGCAGUGGAAUCCCAUGUGAUAUAUAAGAAGCAGAUUACCAAUCCUUUUCAGGGUCUGCCAUGGAGACCUCGCAGUUUUCCUGCAAGAGGGUACCAAGGUGUUGUUAACGGUCAGCUGAGGUGCCAGACUCGAAAGCGAGGAAGGGCUUUCCAAAGGCCACAGUCCUUGGUCUCCUCAGGCCCCUUUGGCUGUGAAACUGGAUGGCUGGAUGCAGAAAGUGAGGCUGACAAAGCAAAGCAAAACAACCCACUCCAUGCUAAUUGGUCUGGCCUUCAAUUAAAGAAAGACAGGUUAAGUGAAAAUGGUAGUUAUCUACAAGGCAGUAAUCUGCAAAGAGAUCACAGAAGUAAAUGCUUCCUGGAGAGUAAUAUUUCUGAAGAAAAUGUCUAUAAAAGAACAGCAGAAAACCCAUCCCCUUACUCGUACACUGAAGAUAAUGGUGUGUGCAAAGAAGAUGCAAAAUUUCCAUUCUGCCUGAAAGAUGAGUACUGCAGAUGCAAAGCUGACACUGCAUGUGAGCUGUUAGAUCGAACUGCCAGUGAAUUUCAAAAUGUCCAUCUUUCAAAUUACACGGCCAGCGUUAAACUGGCCCCAAAAAAUGGUGUGAAAUACAGACCAAAGACUGAUAAAAAGAGUGAACUUCUAUUUAACUAUGACUGUGCCAGCCAUCCUGGAUCAAUGGAGCUGGAAAGUGAAGGGUGUACUGAUAACUUCCACCUUCUGUACCGGCGGGGACAUGAUGGUGACACCUGUAACUCGUCACAUCUGGAUGAGAAUUCUGAAUCCCCUGGCCAUGCCUUUUCAGACACACAAGACUGGAGUACAGCUGUGUCCCUAAAAGCCUGUAAGGUUAGCACUCGCCCUGGCCAGCAUGACACGACUGUAAAUAAAUGUGACUCUGGAGAGCACGGAUAUAAGGGAAGGGCCAGCCUUGCAGAACCAACAGAUGGCUCAAAGGAGCAUCCAAAACCAGACAGUGCAGAAGAAAGUUGGUUGUGCAGCCAGGUUCUUCUGAAAGGUCACAGAAAGGAUGAAGAAACUGGCCUCACUGACUGUGGGGAGGGCUCAGCUGUGGCAGAUUUCUGCCGGGCUGCCGAGGCUGACUCUGUUGCUGGCACUUUGCAGAACUUCUCCCAUGAGGCAGGAGAAGGAGUAGCACACCGUGCUUUGGGCUCACAGAACAAACAAGUGAGAAACCCUCUAGGAAAAAAAGAGCAGGUUUUAAAGAAUACAUGCCCUGUGAUCCCAGAACAGAAACACUCAGAAGGGACAGAAAACCACAGCAUUACAGGAGACAGUGGAAUUGACUCCCCAAGGUGGACUGAAAAGAAGAUGAAGCUUCCUGCCAAAUUCUAA